AUGCAGGUGCAGCGGGGCGCUUCGGGCCUGCUGAACGCGGCCAAGCGAAUUGCCUCGGCCAAGUUCGCGGAAUACGCGAUCCGACCCGCGUCGUCCAUCGCCGGCAUGCCGCCGACCCCCAUGUCGGCCCUCGAGGCCGAGGACCUGAUCAACCCGCGGUACCAGAUGAUGGAGGAGAACCUCAAGGUCAUCCGCCGCCGCCUGAACCGCCCGCUGACGCUGUCGGAGAAGAUCGUCUACGGGCACCUGGACGACCCGGAGGGGCAGGACAUCGAGCGCGGCGUGAGCUACCUGCGCCUCCGGCCGGACCGCGUGGCGAUGCAGGACGCGACCGCGCAGAUGGCGGUCCUGCAGUUCAUGUCGUCGGGCCUCCCGCGCACCGCGGUGCCCUCCACCAUCCACUGCGACCACCUGAUCGAGGGCACGACGCGCGCCGACCUGGAGCGCAACGGCUCGUACGGCGCGAAGGCCGACAUGGAGUACGCGAUCAAGACGAACAAGGAGGUGUAUGACUUUCUGUCGUCGGCGGGCGCCAAGUUCGGCAUCGGCUUCUGGAAGCCCGGGUCGGGCAUCAUCCACCAGAUCGUGCUGGAGAACUACGCGUUCCCGGGCGGGAUGAUGAUCGGGACGGACUCGCACACGCCGAACGCCGGCGGGCUGGGCAUGUGCGCCGUGGGCGUGGGCGGCGCCGACGCGGUGGACGUCAUGGCGGGCCUGCCGUGGGAGCUCAAGUGCCCCAAGGUGAUCGGCGUGAAGCUCACGGGCAAGAUGUCGCGCUGGACGAGCCCGAAGGACGUCAUCUGCAAGGUGGCGGGCAUCCUGACGGUCAAGGGCGGCACGGGCGCCAUCAUCGAGUACUUCGGGCCGGGCCUGGACAACAUCUCGUGCACGGGCAUGGGCACGAUCUGCAACAUGGGCGCGGAGAUCGGGGCGACGACGUCGAUCUUCCCCUUCAACCAGCGCAUGUACGACUACCUGGUGGCCACGGAGCGCGAGGGCGCGGCCAAGCUCGCGCAGGCGUUCCAGGAGAACCUGCGCGCGGACGAGGGCGCGCCGUACGACCAGGUCAUCGAGAUCGACCUCUCGACGCUCGAGCCGCACGUGAACGGGCCGUUCACGCCCGACCUGGCGCACCCGCUGUCCAAGUUCGCCAGCGCCGUGAAGGAGAACGGGUGGCCCACGGAGCUCUCCGCGGGCCUCAUCGGGUCGUGCACGAACUCGUCCUACGAGGACAUGGCGCGCGCGGCGAGCAUCUGCAAGCAGGCGCUCGACGCGGGCAUCAAGGCCAAGGUGCCCUUCACGAUCUCGCCCGGGUCGGAGCAGAUCCGCGCGACCAUCGAGCGCGACGGCAUCCAGCAGAUCUUCGAGGCCGUCGGCGGCACGAUCCUGUCGAACUCGUGCGGGCCGUGCAUCGGGCAGUGGAAGCGCACCGACGUCAAGAAGGGCGAGGCCAACUCGAUCGUCACGUCCUUCAACCGCAACUUCGUCGGCCGCAACGACGGCAACCCCGCCACGCACGCCUUCGUCGCCUCGCCCGACCUGGUCACGGCGUACGCCAUCGCGGGCGACCUGAGCUUCAACCCCGAGACGGACACCCUCGUGGCCGCCGACGGCCGCGAGGUCUCGCUCGCGCCGCCCUCGGGCGACGAGCUCCCGUCCAAGGGCUUCAACCACGGCGAGGACACCUUCCAGGCGCCCCCCGCGGACGGCUCGGGCGUGCAGGUCAUCGUGGACCCGGCGUCGCAGCGGCUGCAGGUGCUGACGCCGUUCGCGGCGUGGGACGGCAAGGACCUCGAGGGCGCGGCGGUGCUGAUCAAGGCCAAGGGCAAGUGCACGACGGACCACAUCUCGAUGGCCGGCCCGUGGCUCAAGUACCGCGGCCACCUGGACAACAUCUCGAACAACAUGCUCAUCGGCGCGAUCAACGCGGAGAACGGCAAGGCGAACUCGGUGAAGAACGUGCGCACGGGCGAGUACGGCGAGGUGCCCGCCGUGGCGCGCGACUACAAGGCCUCGGGCCUGCCCUGGGUGGUGGUCGGCGACGAGAACUACGGCGAGGGGUCGUCGCGCGAGCACGCGGCGCUCGAGCCGCGGCACCUCGGCGGCCGCGCCAUCAUCGUCAAGUCGUUCGCGCGCAUCCACGAGACCAACCUGAAGAAGCAGGGCAUGCUCCCGCUCACCUUCGCCGACCCCGCGGACUACGACAAGGUCGACCCCUCGGACACCGUGUCCAUCAAGGGCCUCCCGCCCAAGCCGGGCGUCCCGCUCGACCUCGUCGGCAAGAAGGCGGACGGCAGCGAGUACACCUUCAAGCUCAACCACACCUUCAACGACAACCAGGUGUCCUGGUUCGUCGCCGGGUCCGCGCUGAACUUCAUGAAGCAGCAAGCCAAGGCCUGA